AUCUCUCGUCAACUUCGUUUACUGCUCAAAAACUCUUCAGAGGCCCCUCCACUUUCCGACUUUCUUCACGCUCUUGAUGAAUUUGUCUCACAAAAUGAGGACGACCCAGAGCAGGCGGAAGAUCUACAGAAACAGUUACAAGGCAUAUACUACAGCGAGAUGAGAGACCCAAGUCUCCCGCAAGUCAAGGUCAUUCUCGAGACUCUAUAUCACGUCCGCCGGAGCUUGCCACCGUUGUCUAUCAUCGAGACAUGGUUUGACACUGUCCUUCGACCUGCCUUGCGCGAGCCCAAGCUUGCGGCGGAAGCCGUCGAUCAUGCAAAGGAGGUCGUCGUCGCCUCUCUG